AUGGGAUCACCAGAGAGACCCAGAAGUCCCAGUGCGGUGCUGAAAAGAUCCUUUAGCACUCCAGAUACGGCACGAUUACAGAAACAGGCAGCGGAGGACUCUCAAGGUCAGCAAUCGUCUGCCGGUGAGAAGAAACGCAACAAGCUUGGUUAUCAUAGGACAUCUAUUGCCUGCAGUCAUUGUCGACGAAGAAAAAUUCGAUGUAUUGCGUCGCCAGAUGUCCCUAACCGCUGCGUCAACUGCAUUCGGUUGAAAAAGGAAUGCAGCUUUUACCCUGUUGAUCAGCAGCCGGGGACGGACACACGACCCAAGGCGCCGCCGCGGCAAGCGGGUGGCCCAAAUGCAUCAUCUGCAUCAUCAUCUCCUGCUGUUGGCACCGGAAGCCCGGCAGGGACGCCAUCAUGUAUGAUGGGAAGUGGCGUCACCUUGUCAGGUUCCCAAGGAGCGACCGCCGACUACUUCUCGUCAGAUGCUAGUGUCUCGCCCAAUGGCAUGCCUGCCGGCAAUCAGUACACUUUUGCAAAUCAGCCGACUUCAGGUUGGGUAUCAACGGAUAUGAACUCGGCCAGCGUUUCGAAACCCGAAGACAUGGCAAUGCCAUGGCAUGCGUAUCCAACAGAGUCGCCCAUCAGUGGCCAGUUUUCUCCCUACACGCAGACGUCCUCUGCUUCGAUCACUUGGACAUCUGGAACCUCAGAGGCUGGGUCGCACGACGACAUGGCUUGGGGGGAGUUUCCAACGCCAAUGAGGUCGCUAUCGUACAGUGGUGAGAGCGGCGGGAGCCAUUCGCAAGCCCCCUUCAUCCAAAUGACUCAAGCACAAGCAUACGAACGUCGGCAAUCGAAUUUUUCCGAUGCAUAUCCGCCCUUUCCAACAACCAUGGCCGGAGGCAACCCAAUGACCGCCGUCAGCACCCCAACUCAGAUGCUACCCGGGGCACCGUUUGUAUCUGGUGUAAAUCCAUGGCAGUCGCAGCAACUUCUCGCAGCUCAAGGCUCAACUCCGGAUUGGCAAUAUGCCACAACAGAUGGAAAUCAAGCAAUGUUGAUGGAGGAUCAACGAAUGGCACCAGGGGUCACACAAGCUCCAUCCGGUGUAUAUUACUCCACCUAG